CACCCAUCUGGGGCCAAUUGUUGUGACAUCCCAUCUGGGGCCAAUUGUUGUGACAUCCGAUCGAGGGCCAGUUGUUGUGACAUCCGAUCUGGGGCCGGUUGUUGUGAUAUCCCAUCUGGGGCCAAUUGUUGUGAUAUCCCAUCUGGGGCCAAGUUUGGUGACAUCCGAUCGAGGGCCUGUUGUUGUGACAUCCCAUCUGGGGCCAAUUGUUGUGAUAUCCCAUCUGGGGCCAAGUUUUGUGACAUCCGAUCGAGGGCCUGUUGUUGUGACAUCCGAUCAAGGGCCUGUUGUUGUGACAUCCCAUCGAGGGCCUGUUGUUGUGAUAUCCCAUCUGGGGCCAAGUUUUGUGACAUCAGAUCGAGGGCCUGUUGUUGUGACGUCCCAUCGAGGGCCGGUUGUUGUGACAUCCGAUCGAGGGCCUGUUGUUGUGACAUCCCAUCUGGGGCCAAGUUUUGUGACAUCCGAUCGAGGGCCUGUUGUUGUGACAUCCGAUCGAGGGCCGGUUGUUGUGACAUCCGAUCGAGGGCCUGUUGUUGUGACAUCCCAUCUGGGGCCAAUUGUUGUGAUAUCCCAUCUGGGGCCAAGUUUUGUGACAUCCGAUCGAGGGCCUGUUGUUGUGACAUCCGAUCGAGGGCCUGUUGUUGUGACAUCCAAUCGAGGGCCUGUUGUUGUGAUAUCCCAUCUGGGGCCAAGUUUUGUGACAUCCGAUCGAGGGCCUGUUGUUGUGACGUCCCAUCGAGGGCCGGUUGUUGUGACAUCCGAUCGAGGGCCUGUUGUUGUGACAUCCCAUCUGGGGCCAAGUUUUGUGACAUCCGAUCGAGGGCCUGUUGUUGUGACAUCCGAUCGAGGGCCGGUUGUUAUGACAUCCGAUCGGAGCUGGUUGUUGUGACAUCCGAUCGAGGGCCUGUUGUUGUGAUAUCCGAUCGAGGGCCGGUUGUUGUGACAUCCGAUCGAGGGCCUGUUGUUGUGACAUCCGAUCGAGGGCCGGUUGUUGUGACAUCCGAUCGAGGGCCGGUUGUUGUGACAUCCGAUCGAGGGCCGGUUGUUGUGACAUCCGAUCGUGGGCCUGUUGUUGUGAUAUCCCAUCUGGGGCCAAGUUUUCUGACAUCCGAUCGAGGGCCUGUUGUUGUGACAUCCGAUCGAGGGCCGGUUGUUGUGACAUCCGAUCGAGGGCCGGUUGUUGUGACAUCCGAUCGAGGGCCUGUUGUUGUUAUAUCCCAUCUUGGGCCAAGUUUUGUGACAUCUGAUCGAGGGCCUGUUGUUGUGACAUCCGAUCGAGGGCCGCCGGUUGUUAUAUCCCAUCUUGGGCCAAGUUUUGUGACAUCCGAUCGAGGGCCUGUUGUUGUGACAUCCGAUCGAGGGCCGCCGGUUGUUGUGACAUCCCAUCGAGGGCCUGUUGUUGUGACAUCCGAUCGAGGGCCGGUUGUUGUGACAUCCGAUCGAGGGCCGGUUGUUGUGACAUCCGAUCGAGGGCCGGUUGUUGUGACAUCCGAUCGAGGGCCUGUUGUUGUGACAUCCGAUCGAGGGCCGGUUGUUGUGAUAUCCGAUCGAGGGACUGUUGUUGUGACAUCCGAUCGAGGGACUGUUGUUGUGAUAUCCCAUCUGGGGCCAAGUUUUGUGACAUCCGAUCGAGGGCCGGUUGUUGUGACAUCCCAUCGAGGGCCUGUUGUUGUGAUAUCCGAUCGAGGGCCUGUUGUUGUGACAUCCCAUCUGGGGCCAAGUUUUGUGACAUCUGAUCGAGGGCUGGUUGUUGUGACAUCCCAUCGAGGGCGGGUUGUUGUGACAUCCCAUCUGGGGCCAGUUCUUGUGACAUCCCAUCUGGGGCCAGUUGUUGGGACAUCUGAUCGAGGGCCAGUCUGGGCAUGCUGGGGGAUGUUUCACUGUAACCUCAGCCUAAUGCAAUGUUCACAACGUGUGACAGCAUACAACUCCCUCAAAUAUCAGAGGACAACAGGCACAGAAGCUCACCUUCAUUAGAAACCAUGUCCUCAGGAAACAUGAAACAUUCAAAAUAAUCACCAUACGGCUUCCUUACCAGGUUGAUAUUAAGCUGUUAAUAAUGUGAUGUUGUCAUAUGAGACAAGUAUGUUCAAGUGUUAUUCAGAUGUGGCUUGUGUUCACCAAAUAUCCCUCUAUGUGUUUUAGAUGCUUAUAAACCUCCAGCGACAUCAUCCUAUUGUUCUCCAGUCGGGUUAGAUCUCAUACACAGGGAUGUUGUAAUGUCCCGGGAUUUUGUUAAUUCAACUUCCAUUUAGAUUGUAACAUAAAUGUUUCUCGCUUGAUAUUUAUUUUGCAUUUAUACACAAUGUACUGAAAUGUAAAAUCAAAUGACAAAUGUUUUCUUUACAUUCCUAUGGAUCAAACACAACCUUCGUAUCUGUAGUCCAUUGAGUGUUCUCACUAGGCUACAUAGGCGCUGAUAAACAACAAGCUUUUAAAAAUGUCUUUUUCAAAUACCGUACGCCUUUAUCCUGUGGAUGCAGGUUUAAAAUAUCAUAAAAACCCUCAGAUGUGCUUUACCCUAUACAUAAAUACCCAUGAAUGAUCUUAUGUCAGUGAACUACCAUCAGGUGUGUGACUGUUUGUAUUCACAUAAUGUACAAUUGCAAAUAUAUUUAAAAUGAGAAAGACAAAAAUGUGUCCGUGUCAAAAUCUCAUCUUGUCACAUGAUUAUGAAAGUUGCUUUAUUCAACUCCCUUUGGUGAAGAUCUCGGAGAUUGUUGUGUAUUUGUCUAUCUGGCUCUUCAUUCUAGCAGCUAGCAUUCCUGUGAUAUUCACUGUAUUAUUAUUCUUAGCAGCAUAAAGCAUGUCAAUAUUUGUCAAAGUUUGUUUUUAAUUUUUGAUUGAACAUGGUAUGUCUCCAUGUAUGAAAAAUAUAUUUUUAACAGCGCCUUGAAGUCCAUUAUUUAUAGAUGACUUUUCACCACAAUAAAUGGAAGAUGUUUUUUUAAAGUUUGUUAUAUAUGUUGUCUAUAUUUCUGCAAUACAUGUGCGGUUGUUUCAUAUCAUGUGAUUAUAUAUAAUAUUGAUAUUUAUUGAUUUUUAUUUUCUUGAAGUCAACUGUAGUCUUGUAGGCUGGACGUCACUUCUAGCAGCAUGAUUAGGUUUUGUAUUGUUGCCAUGCAAAUGAUGUGCGACACUUUGAUAUGUGUCGAGACUCACCAUGAUAAAUCCUCGAAUAAACUUCAUGAUUAUAUUUAUUUUGGAAGGUUCUUUGACCCAGUGUUUAUCCAAGGGAGCAGUUGUUUUGUAUUAGUAUAUUUUUCAAUAUUGAGUCAUUAUUCCUCCUCAAUGUCUGUUUGUUGCGUUGGCUGACCUAGUGUUAUUUCUACAAUGUACCGUAGGUUACAAAAGGCAGACUUCACUUGAGUAGCAUAGCAUGAAACACCAGUGUGGAAGAAGUGUUCAUUUCCAGAACAGAAGUCAUAAACCAUUCCAUAUUUUACAUACAACUUCAUAUAUCAGGCAGCUGCUGAACUGGUGCCUUUUGCUAUUCAGUAAUUUAAAGUUUUUAGUUUUUUAAGUUUCCCGUGCAGGAAUUUCAACAGAAGGUAGGGUUCAUGUCAAGUGACAAACUUAAAGACUUUUCAGUAUUUCUCUUAAACAUUCUAAUUAUUUCAUACCUUCACAUUGUUGGUUUUGUUUCAAGAGUAUCAUUCUCAAAUCUUUCAGUAUUGUUUUAUCAGGAGGAUUUGAAACAUCAACCUAUAGUGCGUUUUGUGUCUACAUCAAACUAGUAGGGUGCCUAGUACUAUGAUAGGUGUCAAGGUAAUGUCAACCAGUUCAAUUCACCGUUGAUUUCCAUCAAUACAUGAAGAGUAGAUUGCAGUCAAAAAUAAAAGGGACCUUUUCAAGUAUUUGUUUACUUUGCUCAAAACCUUUUUCAACAUCAUAAUUACUAUAUACUAUAAUAUAGUAUACUGAUGCCUAUGGUUUGGCCGGUGCAUGUUUCAGCCACCCUCUGACACGCCCCUACUCUGUCACUGUCCCAGUUGGGGCAUAGACCUCACUUCAUAACCUGCCAGUAUAGAUGCCAAUAGGUUUUGAUGCUCUGCAUCACUAGUCUUUAUUAUGUAAUAUUUCGGAUUAAUUUAUUUUAUUAUUUCCCCUUGCAAAAUGUCAUGAGCAUGCAUAGUCAUGUUGGUACAUAAUAACUUGAAAUAAAAUUCAGUUUUAACAA